UAUUAUCAGCAGGCGCGAAGAUGUGCUGAGGGAUAUAUACACAACAGAUCAACCAAUUUAAGGUGAAAUUUUAAUUUUAUUGCGCUUGAUUGGCUGUUGAAUUGAUUUUAAGAGGUUUUGCUAAAUUCUCUUUUGCUUGGGCUGAUUUUUUCUUUCACGCACGUGCCUGAAAUUUCGCAUCGAUGAUUGCUGGGGAGCAAGCUGCGCGUGAAGUAAAAAAAAACGCCCGAUCUGCCGCUCCCCGGCCACUACGUAAAUAGAGCUGCUCUCCUCGCGUCCGCGUCACUCUCUCGCUUGCCUCUCUCCCGCGGAGAGCCGCUGAGCCGCUCGCUCGGCAAAGUGACAUGCUGGCGGCCGCAGAGUGAACAAAGCUUCAAAUUGAAUGAGAGGAUGGAGAGUGCAGGGAAGCUGCUGCUUGUGCUGCUCGCGAUUUGCCUUCAGAUCUUCUUGAGCUCCUGCGUCUCCAUCGAUUUUCAACACAAGAAACACAGCUACUGGGAAAUUCGGAUCGGAGCUAAUGCAAAAGAAUUCGUGUACGACUUCUGCCGGUACGAUGCAUCAAACAACAAGGAACGGUGCCAUAAUCUCCCAGAUGAACCCAUAGACAUAAAAAGAAAGUGCAAUUGCACUUUGAAUCACACUGAAAAUGCAAAGAAAGACAUGGUAUACUUCGCCGUCAACUGCUACAAUGAAACAUUUGACGACUUGGUAGGUGCCUGCCCACAAAAACUGGCCAUCAGUUAUGAGCAAGACUACAUGCAUCAACCAGUUUCAAUAAGCGUGGAAGUGCAAGACGAAAUCAGCAUCUGGAUGCUGCUUUUUUUCCUGUCGCUCGUGAUCAACGUGGUCUGUGGCGUCUCAUUGUUUAGAAGAAGAGUGCCACCUGUGAACGAGAACAAUCAAUCUGGAGAGGAUGGGACAAGACCGGUGUUUCUGUUAAUGCAGACCUCUAGAUCAAAUAAUCCAUUGGGAUUCAGAGUAUUCAGACGAAGCCAAAAUUGAUCUGUAGCCGUGCUAAUUCUUAAGAAAAUUGGUUGCAAAGUUAGCAUGAUUUUCAAAUGGUGUAGACUGACUGCCUAUUUGAAAUCUGAUUUUAUUAAAAAGUUUCGUAUACGCUUUUGGACAGAUCUCGACGAAAGGAAUCGUAAUCAAGCGCUGGAAAGUUUGGAAAAAAUUGGAAAAAUGUGUAAAUAAGUAGCAAGGUUAUUUUUUAUUGUUGAAAUUUGUAGAUUAAAAUUGUUUAUCGAAUUAAUUGCUUAAUGCCGCAUACUUGCGUAAUUCAAAUAAUUUAAUAUUGUUGUCCUGUAUCUAUCCACUUAAACCUUGUUAAAAAUGUAAAAUUGUAUUUAUAAACACUUUAUUAUCAGGCAGGGUCGGUGCUUCCUGGUCGCCAGGGUGCAGGUCGGUGCCAUAUUUGGUCUUCAGGGGCGCCAUGUCCAUUAAUUCUACUGUAAUUUUGUCGUACUUACGCUUCUAAAAUUAUGAUAAAAAAUAAAGAUUUAAAUUCAUAUAUAAACUCGAUUUAUUUAUCACGAGAAAAUUUAAUUGCUUUUACUAUUUAAUUCAACAAACUAUAUUGAUAAAACUAUUAGUUCUUUUUUUAAAUCCUGUUAAAAAUAUGGUUUCAAUGCGUACGAGGACAAUUUUCUAGAUUCUUUUGUCGGUGAAGAUCAAACUCUGGUGAAAUAAAAUGACUGCUAAUUGUAA